UGGAAGCUCAGCUCAGUCAAGGAGCCCAACACAAACCUAAGCUCCAACUGAGGUACCUACCCGGUACUAAACUACUGAUAGCGGGCCAAGAGCUCGAUAAGCUUCCAUCCCAGAAGCUUGGCUCGGGAAUCAUUCGCGAAUUCAAUCCAAAGUUCAAGUUGCCCAAGUUUCCGGUUUGCCAAACCUACGUGAACAACCACUGCAUCGCAAUCAUCAACGUCUACUCUUGCCGCCCCGACCGGCUCCCUAAGAACACACCAAAUCCCGACUCCAACCCGAAACGACCGCAGCACAGCAUUCACAAUGGUCCUAGGCCUCUUUGAACAAUCCGAAGCCGACAAGCGCGCGGCCGAGGUACGCGCGGGCACCGUUGCGCCCACACGCUCCGAGCGCCAAAAGUGCUGGAUGGCGCGCGACGGCUACUUUGCCUGCUUGGACCGGAACAACAUCAUUGACGCCCUCAAGGACGAGAAGGCGGCCGCGAAAGCGUGCAAGGCCGAGAGCGCCGAGUUUGAGAAGGAUUGCGCUGCUCAGUGGGUUACAUACUUCAAGAAGUGGCGCGUCCAAGACAUCCAAAAGAAGGCUCGUCUAAAGGAGCUCGAGGCCCAGGGCGCCGUCAAGAUGGACGUCAACACCGACUUCAAGGCCCGCGAGUAAAUCGAUUCCGUCCUGAUUCGACUCGGUUCGGUUGUCAUCGUUCCGGAAAGCGACUGAUCAGGAAAGUUGGGGUGGGAGAAAGAGAAAAGAGGAGGGACGUUGUAAAGAUAGUGUGUACUUGGUGUAUGUACCGUAUAUAUGCAUGGGAUAAGGCGUUUAAAUUUGAGUUGAUUGGGUAUCUAAGGGGGGAAUUCCGGUUUCCAACAUUGGUCAAGUCGGGUUGUUUCACUGUGAGUGUUGAUUGUGGGAAUGUCUAAAAGGGCUAUCAAGUCCUCAGCCGGUCAGGCGCCC